CAUGCUAUUUUAUGUUCAGGAUAAGAUUCUUACAUAACUUAUUUGAUAAGAAGAUUGUUAAAUAACCAUAAUUCCUUCUAUGUCAAAUUCUGCAAGUUACUUAGUAUUACCAGGACUUGUUUAUGUCUAAAGUAUUGAUUCCAUUUGACAGGUCAUAGAUCUCAACAUACAGUUGAAAUAUUUCAAAAAUGUGGUAGAAAUAUUGAAGAAGAAGGUGGGAGCAACGGAAUCCAAACAGAUCCUCUCCAAUGCUGUAUAUAUUUUUAGCGCUGGUGGGAAUUUACAGGGAAGGAGGGAGAAAAUUUGCCAUGCUUAAUAUGGUUCCCAUAGGUUCUCUUCCUAAUAUUAGGGCUCUUAAUGCUCGAAGAGGAGUUAAGAAUGGCGAUUUCAUAGAGGAGGUCACAAACUUGGUGAAAAUGCAUAAUUCAGCUCUCCCAGAAAUUCUCAAGCAACUUGAGAAACAAUUGCCUGGAUUUAAGUAUACAUUAUUCAACUUGUUCAAAGUAUUUACCGAAAGCAUUGAUAAUCCAACAAAAUAUGGUUUUAAGACAUCAAAGACCGCUUGUUGUGGGACUGGUGCAUUUCGAGGGAUUUAUAGUUGUGGAGGUAAGAGGCAGGUAAAAAAGUACGAGCUGUGUAAAAACAUGAAAGAUUACUUGUUUUUCGACUCGUUUCAUCCCACUGAGCUGGCCUACCAACAGUACGCCGAAUUACUGUGGAAUGGAACUGUAGAUGUCGUUUCACCUUACAAUCUAAAAUCCUUUUUUGAACUUUCAACAUAACCUGAUGGUGGCAUUGAUGGGAUUGUUUCGUUAUAUUUAAAGAUAGAAGCAAAAAGAAUGUCUAAAAGAGCUAGAUCUCUACUUUGUUCUUCCAUUCCUUUUCUGUUCAAUUUACAAAGAGUCAAUCGUUAGAUUUGAGAGAUGACUUCAUAUCUCAGUCUUCAUGAUUGAACAACGCUGAGAAAUUAGUUGGAAUCCUGCAAUGUACAUUUAAUUGUAUAUGCCAUUGGAUAAGGAUUUGUAAAAGAAUGUCCUUCUUAUCAGGGAAGUGACUAGAGUUAAUAAAACUUCCCCUUUUUGUCUCUGUCU